UCGUUCGCCCCUGUUUUGUUGUUUGGCUAAAGAUGGCGUUAGCGGCUAACACAGGCGAUUGCAUUUUGUUUCACAAAAAUUAUUCUGCCAGUGGUUAAAAACAUUGAUGAAAUAGAGCUUUAGUCCGUCAUUUGAUAUGCAGAAAUAUGUUACAUUGAGCCAACACACGUUCACUACGUAGAAUAACGCUUGUUCGGCCUUUUCACGAUGUAGGCCUGUUUUUAGGGAGUGGACCGAGGCUGUUGGAACUCCAUCUCCCGACAGCGACUGCGGCGUCAGGUGGUACAACUUUUCCUAUUUUGAUGGUAUCUGUAGUUCUCUGACCACGCCAGAAGGUUAAUUUUGGAGGAAAAACUUUGAAAAAUAUGAACGAACUCAUUAAGAGCAUAUAUUCUGCCACUUGAGUGAACAAACCGACGAAUUAAAGUGGAAGGACAUGUUUAUUGAUUUUCACUGGAACAGUUCAGCGAUGCUCCACAUGCUGUGUGGUAUUUCUCUAAACUGAGAGGAGUAAGAUUAAGAUUGCGGAACCUGUGGGGGAAAUCAGAGGGAACAUGUCUGCGUCACCUGUUCAAGGUGACAGCAAACAAUCUCGAACACCCUCCAGAGAAGGGCACCCAUCAUCACCAGAGUCUUCUUUGGCUUGGUGCUUGGCUCACCUCUCCAAACCUGGACCAGGGGCUGAACAUCAUGGGCAUGGCAAGUCUGACUCAGGCGGUGGAAGAGAAAUGGAUAAGAGAUCCAGAGUAUCUCAGUGGAGAGCCCUGGUUGCAAUCCGGACACAGCACAUCAAGGGCGACAAGGCUGGCAUUGCCACAUUCAGAACUCAAGGGGGUCUCCGGCCCCUGCUGGACCUCCUAAAACACCCAGAUUGCUCCAGGAAGACCCUGGACCUGGCUCUGAGCAUCCUGGGAAACUGUUGCACGGAGCUGGAGACACGCAUUGAGGUUCGUGAACUUGAUGGAAUAAGUAUUGUCGUGGAGAUCUUGAGGAGAAAUGUGACCCUGGAGACGGUCCAGAACCGAGCUGCUCGAGCCUUGGGAAACUUGGCCAUGGAUCCAGAGAGCUCUGCACUCAUCCACUCAGCCGGUGGUGUUUCUCUUCUCCUCCUCUGUGUGUCUCUGUCUUCUGGACGAUCCUCCCCCUCUGCUGCUCCACUCAAAGACACCUGUCCCAAACUGGAGUGCGCUCAGUCAGCUGCUCGGGCUCUCCUCUACCUCUCAGAUACGCCCUCGAACCGCAUGUCCCUGCUCACCCAAGGGACCUUAUCUGCUCUCGCCCCUCUCAUUGCUCCAGAGUAUCCCCAGGGGCUGAGGCGGGCGGCGCUCAGGACCCUCCAUGAGCUGACCCGGGGCUGUGGUGUUGAAUGUGCCAGAGAGGUGUCCCGGUCUGGGGUCCUCGCUCAGCUUGGUGUCAUGGUAUCAGAGGAGUCUGGGAAACCUUUUGAGGAGCUGGCGCUGAAAACCCUUGCCAACAUGUGUUCCCAAGGCUGCCUGCGUCCUCUCGUUGGGUCACUGGGGGUCAUUCAGAAAUUCACUGAGGAGGUCAAGAGGGACCCACUAAAGUCUGGAGUCUUCCUCAAGGCGCUGUGCUUGUGCUGCAAAGAGGCUGUCAACCGGGCCAAGGUGAAGGAAAGCGGUGGACUGGAGGUUCUAAUUGGGUUUAUGUCUGCCCAUCAGAGCCAUCCCCUUUCCCGACUAGUCAUCCUGGCCUGUGUAGACUUUGUUUUUGAUGAAUCUGCUAUGGAGCAGUUGCAGGAGUUGGGGCUGGUCCCUCUGCUUGUUGCCAGACUAGUUGAGCUCACCAGAGGUGAAGAACAAUCUGCUGAGAAGAUGGAUGUGAGCCUCAACUCCAGCAUGUCUCCCACUGAGCUCCUGCCCGCUUCAUGCUUCGACUCCUUUGACUUUCCUGCUCCUGAGGGCUGCAAGAAGGAGGAAGGGGCCGGGAAGGAGCAAGGUUCAUCAAGCUUUUUAAGUCUCAGGUCCUGGUUGGUGUCUGAGGGAUUGAUCACUUCAGAGGGGGAUCUGCUGGAUUCCUCAGGUGUUGAAGGGGAAUGGGGGAGUCUUCAGAUCCCGUCGUCAUCCCCUCAAACCCCCUCCCCAAACUCUGACUCCCUUUCCACUCUUAAAAACUCUUCUCCAUCCAACCCCACUGUCUCUUCCACUUCUAAAAAAGUGACUCAGCCUUCACCCAUGCCCUCUUCAACUCAAACCCAGCCGUCAUCCUCAGGAAAAAUCCCUGAUCCCCUUCCGUCUAUCCAGCCUAGUUCCUCCACUCUCCCCUCUCCUGCUAAAACAACCCAAACACCAGUCUCUCCAUCAAAAUUUUCAUCCCCUCACAGAAGGAGACAGCGUGCUCAUUCAGCAGCUUGUUUGACAAAAGUCACUCUUGAUACACCUCCCUCUGCGCCCCGCCAAACAGCUUACCAACACCCCUACCACCCUGAACCAUGGACGCCUGAGUCGCCCAUCCUGCUGCUGCUGUCACGUUUCUCCCACACCAGCGACCCAAGUGCUGCUCUUGUCAGCUCAGGUGUCAUGUCCAGCUUGCUCUACUACCUCACCCAGCACCAGGAUCCCAGCAGCAGGUGCCUGCGUAUGCUCUGUCGGCUGAGCUGCAACCCAAACUGUCUGCAGGCGCUGGUCCGAACCGGCUCAGUCGCGCUGAUUUGUCACCAUCUCUGCCAGAGAGAGGGAGGAUUUGGAGGAGAGGAGAGGCAGACGGACCGAGUGAAAGCCAAAGUUAAACAACUUGGUGUUGCUCUUCUCAACAAUCUGCGUGUUCAGUGUGAGUCUGGAUUUGGCUCCGGGGUUCUUGCCCAUGUGAUGCUGUCAGGCUCUGAGACUGACAAGAUGAACUGUGCAUUGUCUCUGCCCUUGAUCAGCAGCAACAAGUCCCUGUUGAAGAAACUCCUUCUGGACAGCGGUGGACUACUCUUGGCCCUGCAGCCCCUUGGUUGCAGUAGCGAUGAUGAGGAUGAAGACCAUCCAGCUGAGUGUGGAAGGUUGCUUUCUGACUGGUUUAAUUCCCAGCAUUCUGGCCUGACUUCUCAGCUCCACUCGCUGUACUUCUCCCUGCUGUCUGGAUGCCUGUCCACCCUGAUGGGUGGCAUCAAAAUUGAGUUUGAUAAAAAAUACCUAAAUUCUGUCAAAACCCCACCAGUCGGUAAAAUUGACAGAGCUUCACCACCUCCCUUGAAAAAGCCUCGCAUGGCCAACAUCUGUGCCUAUGGAGACUCGAACUUUGACCUGCUGUUGCUACUUGACGAUGGGACUCGGGUACCAGCCAACAGGGAAGCUGUGGCCGGGUUGGAGGGAAAACGUGGGGUUGGCUCUGAAUACUUUUGGGCCUUGUUGAGAGGUGGAUUUGGAGAAGCUCAGGGUAAUGCAGAAGACGCCAUCCGCAUUAAAGAUGUCAGCACAGGGAUGCUGCUACCAGUGCUGCAUUACCUGCAUGGAUGUCGCCUCACCAAGGACACAGAGAGGGAAUGUGAUGAAGGAGAGCUGAGAGGACAGUGUCAGAUUUUGGACUCAUUGGUCCUUGAAGGCCUGGGGAUCUACCACAAAGAGACAGGCGAUCACUCAGCAGAAGACUUGACUUUCCAGAAAACAGCUUUAGGCGAAAUGAUGAUCGGAGCGUGCAGAUUUUUGGUGACUGAGCUGCAGAAAGAGUUGGAGGAUCUCUGUGUGUCUCUUCUUCUGUCCUGCUUCACCAAGGCUGCUAGUCCGGCUGCAUCAGCUCCCACAGAGGACAAUGCUGCAUCUAAAACAGACCAAGAAGGCCUCGAGUCUGCUGAGGAGAACCUGGCUAAUCGAACAUCUGAGUUAGAAUUGACUGGUUCUGAAGCGCCAACAGAAACGGGGCAGAUGAAGAAACCAAACGGUUCCGUACAUCAGACGGACAAUAAUAAAACCUCUUUGUCUGGAACAGUUCAAAAGGCAAGUAAAGGAAUCAAUACAACCUCAGACCGCAAGACCGUCAAAAUUCUCUCUCCAGUUUCCAAAUCAAGUUGUGCGUCAGAUUUGGACACAGCAUCUGAUCCAGGAAAGUUGAAGUUGAGACCAAAGAACUUAAUGAAAAGUUCAGCACAGCCUAUGAAAUCAGCAACUCAGGACUCUCCUUCAUCGUUAAAAGCCAGCGCCAGAGGUAGGACCCUGGCUGCUCUCCUCCCCCAGGUGUACUGGUUUUCGCAGCGGUACAGCUACCCAGCACUGGGUCGAGCCUGUCUGUCUUUGCUGCUGGGCUGUCAGGACUGUCCUCGGCCCUUCCUGUCCCCCUCGCUAACUGGAGAUUGCCUUCACAGAUUUGCCAGAGAGGCCGACUGUUCCGAGACUCUGAAACAAGACCUGCUAAGUUUGGCCACAGUAGCUCUGAGCUGAACAAGGAGGGACAUGUUGACUGGCAUUAAUUCAGAGGCCGCAGCUUAAGUGCAAGUCAACUUUGGGGCUUUUUAAAAGCUUCUAGGAAAGUUGCUAUUGUGUUGAUUUCAUCAAAUGUCAGGUCACAUUAACCGCAUGAUUGGAAAAACUGUGCUGUAUCAGUUACUCCAGCACUAACAGAACUGAUUUAUUUUCAUAAACUGGAGGCAUAAAUUUAUAUUUAGUUUUGAUGUAAACUGAUAUCAACUGUAGCCUGUCCCAGCAUGACGUAAUUGUAUUAUAAUUUACUGUUAUUGGAUUAACUUCUGAUGACAUUUGAUUGUGAUUUAUUUUUUUUUAAAUUUAGGAUAAAGUCUAAGCAAAUGUCUGCAAUGCAUUUGAUAAAUGUCAUUUAGCUGGAAGUACUGGAAUUAUCAGGGUUGGUGAAGAAGCCAGUUGUUUAUUUUGUACAUAGAGAUAAUAUGGAUUAGCAGAUAUACAUUGUAUAGAUUCCAGUUGUCCUAUAUUAAUUUAUGCCGCUGAAUAUAUUGUUGGAACAUCA